CCCACAAAGGGACACAAGGAGGCCAGCCACCCAUCUCCAAGAACCAUAUGAGCGCCAUGUGUACAUAUACGUGUCAGCAAUUCCUUCGUCCGUACGCCAUCUCUCUCAAACUUCCAUGUCUCCUCUUGCCUUCUGUCUCUCGUAUCCACCCACUAUGGAUACCCUCCUCCAUACCCCAACCUCCAUGGCCAAGCGUCCCUGUCCAUUCUCCUCCUCCUCCUCCUCCACGACCGCCGCCUCCACCGUCACUGCCACCACCAACUCCCCAAGCUCUAGCCGGCUCCCGAACAUGAACCACCAAGUGGACAAUCUCCUCCAAACAUUUCUAGACCUCGCGGACUCGCCUUCUCUCUCUGUCGACCUCUCGUUGGACCGAAUCCUUGACUCCACCCCUUGCGA